AUGAGCACUUCUGCGGCAGGUGCCGCGGCCGUCCUCCUAACGGCAGGCAUCAUUGUACCAUUCUUCUUCUUUCUUUUAAUUACACGUGUCACAGUCGUCAGACCCGAGGAGGCAGAUGAACCUGGCAAUGGAUAUCGCAAGAUUGGUGUAUCGCAGUCUAGGACUAAUGCCAUCAACCUGAAUCGGACGGCCCACAAACCUCGUCCUGGGCAGCCCCCUGAGCUCCAGAGCCUCUUCAUCUAUCCGCUCAAGUCAUGUCGAGGAAUUGAACUCACCCGCAGCCGUGUACUCCCUACUGGUCUGGAAUUUGACAGGCUUUACACAUUUGCCCAGCAGCGAGAGACGGCGGGUGAAGGCCAAGACCCAUCGACCCGUACUUGGGAGUUCUUGACCCAGAGACAACUUCCUCUCCUAGCCAACGUUGAGGUGGAACUUUGGCUUCCAGUGCCACGGGUAACGGGGAACGGGGCUGAGAUUGGCGAAGGUGCGGAAGAUAAGGGUGGUAUCAUCGUCGUCCAAUUCCCAUGGGCACACACCGGACUUACCGGGCUGGUCCAAUGGGCCAUCACCAAGCUCACCAGAGGUUACAGUGCCCACCCCAAGAAGAAGUUCAUGUUGCCUGUCAACUUCCCCUCAGAAGAAACCAUAAAGACCAACGGCUACGAGUACGAAACCGUCAGGAUCUGGAAGGAGACCACGCUGGCACUCAACUUGUCUAGCGAGGUGCCUCUUGAGAUCAAGUCAUACCUAGGCAUGCAGCCUGAUCGACCCCUAGGCCUAUUCCGUAUGGACCCAUCGAGACAAAGAGAGGUUUUCCGCUGUGCACCUACUAAGGAGACUGCCGGCUACCAGCCUGUUAUCGACUUCCACGAUGCUCUUGCUUGGCAGUACCCUCUUCAUCUCAUGAGCCUCAACAGCAUGUGGGAUUUUGAGUCAAUGAUGCUCAAGGAUGACACGGUGAAUCCUUUGGACGUGCGCCGUUUCCGAUCCAACAUGAUCAUUUCUCGAGCUGAGGCCUACGACGAGGAAACCUGGCGGAAGAUCAGCUUCUCACAUGAUUUCACUGGCGACGAGAAGAGUCUGUUUGACGUCUCCUGUCGCACCGUCAGGCAAGUUGAAUUGAACUAA